AUGUCUCAAGAUACAAUAAGAAUUGUAGUAUGUGGUGAUGAGUUUGUUGGAAAGUCUUCCCUCAUAGCUUCUUUGAUAAAAGAAAAAUUUGUGUCUAAUAUACAAAGAGUAAUACCCCCGGUAACAAUAUCUCGAGAUGAUUAUACAAACAGUUUAUCAGAUUAUGUAUCUGAGACUGGAAAUAGCAACUCAGAUCCAAAUAGAUCUAAAACAAAAUACACUAGAAAUGGAUUUAAGGAUAGUGAUAAUAUAAAUCAGAAUGUGCUGAAAUAUGUUCCGCAAACAACAACAAUAAUUGAUACUACAUCUUCUGAUAAGACAACGCUACAGAAAGAAUUGAAGCGGGCUGAUGUAAUAUGGUUGGUUUAUUCGGAUCACUAUACCUAUGAAAGAAUAUCAUUACAUUGGAUGACAAUGUUCAGAUCUAUGGGGGUUAAUUUGCCGAUAGUGCUAUGUGCUAAUAAAUCUGACUUAUUAACACAAGAUUCAUCGAUAUCCAUUAAAACACAGAAUUCAGAUGAAUUUGUUCCUUUGAUUAACGAAUUCAAAGAAAUAGAAGCAUGUGUACGUUGCAGUGCCAAGGAUAACUAUAAUGUAGUGGAGGCAUUCUAUUUGUGCCAAAGAGCAAUUACACACCCCAUAUCUCCUAUCUUUGAUUCAAAGGAAGGCAAUUUAAAACCAGCAGCUGUUGCAGCUUUGAAGCGUGUGUUUUUCUUGUGCGAUAAAGACCAAGAUGGCUAUUUGAGCUUUAACGAAUUUUCUAACUUACAUCAAAAAUGCUUUAACCAUGCAUCAAGUGAAGAAGAGUAUCAAAAUAUUCUCUAUGCCAUUAAUAAGAUUAUAUACCCCGACGUAAAUUCAAAAGGUGAGACAAUUGGGAUAUCAGUAGACGGUUUCAUAAUAUUGAAUAAAAUGUAUGCUGAACGAGGACGUCAUGAAACUAUAUGGGGUAUACUAAGAACAUUUCACUAUACUAAUUCAUUAUCUUUAAAUGAUAAAUUUUUGUUUCCUCAACUAGAUGUUAACCCAAUCUCAAGUGUGGAAUUGGGUCCUAUAGGGUAUAAGUUUUUAGUUGAUCUAUUCCUUAAGUUCGACAAAGAUAACGAUGGUGGGUUGAAUGAAGAAGAAUUGGCGAAUUUAUUUCUUCCAACACCUGGGAUUCCAAAAUUGUGGAAAGAGUCACAAUUUCCGUCUUCAAUCGUUCGUAAUGAAGAAGGGUACGUUUCACUCCAAGGAUGGUUGGCACAAUGGAAUUUGACCACAUUUUUAGAUUAUAAGACAACCCUCGAGUACUUGGCAUAUUUAGGAUUUGAUGAUAACAGUUCGAUUAGCGCUGUGAAAAUUACAAAGCCAAGAAAAAGAAGGCAAAAACAGGGUAAAUUCUAUAGACAGCCUGUUAACGAUAGAAAUGUAUUCAAUUGUUUUAUAUUGGGAGCACCAAAAUCUGGUAAAACUUCUUUGCUAGAACUGUUUUUACGAGGUUCAUAUAGUGAUGUAUAUUCUCCGACCAUUAAGCCUAGAAUAUGCGUUAAAGAUAUCGAGUUAAGAGGUGGUAAACAGUGCUAUUUAAUACUCGAGGAGCUAGGGGAACAAGAGCCAGCUAUACUUGAAAACAAAAAGAGAUUGGAUCAAUGUGAUGUGAUUUGCUACACAUACGACUCAUCAGAUCCAGAGUCGUUUCAAUACUUGGUAGAUUUGAGAGAAAAAUACUCUUCAUUAUUGGAUGAAGUACCUUCUGUAUUUGUUGCAUUAAAAGCGGACUUAGACAAACAAGAACAAAGAUCAGAUGUCCAGCCUGAAAACUAUACUAGAGACUUGUUCUUGAGCUCUCCACUUCAUAUAUCCUCUACGUGGACUACCUCUUUGCACGAACUAUUUAUUCAAUUGGUGGAUGCUGCGAAAAUGCCCAGUUCUUUCACUCCUGGUCUUGAAAGAGAACCUGAAAAUCCAAAUAAUGAAAAUGUCAAGCACAUAGUUAUGGCUGGAGGGGCGGUGUCAUUAAUGGCUAUAGUAUCUAUAUGGAUUUGGAAGAGUUCAUUACAAAGCUCAAGAACUUGA